AUGGACGGCAAACAGCUCAUUGACGCCGAGCUGGAGCAGCUGGAGAUCGAACAGCGCCAGUUGGAUCUGGAUCGGAAGAGGCUCGAACUUCGGCUUCGAUGUGCCACAUUGUGCAGUCAAGUUGAAGCCGUCGCGGACGGCGGUCAGGCCGCAGUGAAGCCAGAGCCAGUUGGUGACGGCACCGCAGUUGGGCGAAUCGUAGCAGGAGAUGAGCCGUCUUCAGAUCCCAGACUCGGUGAGGCGACCAGCGCUCCUACCGUGGGCGAUCGACAUGUCAUGCGAGAGGAAGUCGGCCCUCUGUUGCACCCAGUUGAACGAGUUGGCGUAGCCGCUCAUUUGUCAGGAGGGAACCAUAGCGGAGCUACGGGCAGCUUUGAUUCAGAGACGAACUCGGCUCCCGGAGCCAAGCAAGUGAAGACAUGGACGAAAGACAGAGAGGCCGAGAGAAAGCAGAGCAAACGGCAACCCAAGGUUCAGCGUUUGCCGGAACGCUACAGCUCCGCCAUCAUUCGAAAAUAUGGAGAGCGACUCGUCCAGCGUCAUAUGCAAUCCUUUCGCAGACACGAACGAUGGGAAGCAGACCAGAUAAUUCUCGCGGGGUCGAAGAUCGUCGACGGGCUUCUCGAGAAGAGGUUCAAGAGUCUGGAAGAACUGCACGACGAGUAUGACCAACAAAUUAGACUGCGGUGCACGAGUAGUGUGCAGGAGCCCCUCAUAAAUGAGCUGCAGAAGUUUCGCCGGGCAGCCCCCAUUUGGUGGAGGAAGUGUGUGAAGAAGCGGACGCAGGGUGAGAGAUUUGAGGAUGCGACGGCGGUCUUCGAAGAUGUUAAAGAAGGCAUUUUCGACUAG